AGUAUUGCCGCUCCAGCUGCGAUCCGGGCUUAGUUCCGUCUUCGGUAACAGUAACGUUAGCAACCAGGCAACCCGCAACGAAAACUACGCGUGCGUGUGUGAAUCAUUUUUUUUUUUUCUUGUAUUAUUGUUGAUUUAUCGAGUGAGAAGGAGACAAUUGUCGAUAAUUCGAACAUUCCGUGUUUUAUGACAUUUUAUCGUGAAUCGUUGUUUUCUUUUUUUUUUUUUAUUUUGUUUGUCGUUCACCUCAUCGGUUGUCUCGCCGAAAACGAACUAUUCGGUGAACUUUGAUUACUUAAAAUUGACGAGUUUGAUAAUACGGACCAUCGAUGCACGGAUGUGCGGUGGUGUUAUUCGUAAUAAAUAAUAAAUCAAGUGGUGAUUGUGAGACGUCGAACACGUGCUGCGAACGCGGCAUCCUUGCACCAAUUUCUUCACCGAUAUUGUUGUUGCGACAAAAGGAUACCGAGUUAUCACCCAAGUGCCAAGUGUGAACCCACGACAUCAAUUGGAUUACGCACCGUCGCAUCGAUCUACACCCACGUGUGAUCAAUGUUGUGCUAAUUGUGAUUAACUCUGUACACAACGACCUCUGAGCAUCGUCAGAGACAUAGAAAUCGUGAAUCUGUCUAAAUGCUCGUCGACGCAAUGCCUCGCAGUUUUGUCAAACGAAACAACAGCUACAGUCACUGUCCUCUGAAAAAACGGCCCGUCCACGUUAUGCUGGCCGAAGAUGCCUCCUUCUCUUCGGAAUCCAUCAAAGAAGAGAUCGUCGAGGAGGUGAUAGUGGACGACAUCCCGGAGCCAGAAAACCUCAGCACGAAACCGGAGGACUUGAGUAGAACGGCAGAGAAGCUAAACCAGAUAAAAAACACCUCGAAUUCCGUGAGUGCUUGGCAUGAAAUCCCGAGAUCCCCGGAAAUCGCGAGCACGGCUUUAUCCCGACGCUCGGCGUCGCCGAAGCCGAUAACGAGGUCCCCAUCCCCCGCGGCGCAGCCCCCGACGCAGCCGGCCUCGAUCCAGAGUCACCAUCUCCACGAGCACCAUCAUAACGGUAACAACGCCAGCACCCACCACCACCACCACCAACACCAUCAUCAUCAUCAUCAGCAACAGCAACAGCACCAGCACCAGCAUCAACAACAUCAACUGCAGCAGCAGGAGCAGCAGCACAUCUAUCCGGUGAAGACGCUCACCCCGCCGGCCGGAAUCGCGCCGCUCCAUCCCGUGGCGAAAAAGGCGCGAGUCGAGGUGAUACAGCACGAUAAUUCGCCCUCGGUGCCGACGUCCUCAGCCCCCGUCCACUUCAUGGCGAGCGGCGUCGCGGCGCCCUUGGACCCCCUGAACCUCAACACCCCCGUCGAGCCGCUGGCGCGAUACGCGGCGACGCCUGCUUGGGCGAGAGGGGCGCCCCUUUUCCCGCCUCACUACCUACCGUAUCCGGCGUAUCGUUACCCGGGCGCGGAUCUCUACCCGGCGUAUCCGGUGGCCGGUGGUUACUCUCACUCGUCGCCCGAUCAUCCCUCGGCGUCGCCGCCACCCCACACGGUUCUCACCUGCCCUACGAUCCCGAGGCCGGUGGCGAGUCGAAGCUACGCACCCUGGGCGAGUCCGGACCACUGCGGCCUCUCGCCGACGAGCUCGCUGGGCUCCGGAUCCCUCAGAUCGCCGCCCCCCGUGACGCCGGAGGACCUCUCCUCACCUGGAAGCGACAGCGGACGAUCGUCCGCCGGAAGUACGUCGGCGGGGCCGAUCGGGGGCGGUCAGAAGCACGAGAAGGGAUCGUCGAGCUCGCCUCGCCACAACUGCUUAAACUGCGGCAAGUCCUACUCGACGUAUUCGGGACUGUCGAAGCACCAGCAGUUCCACUGCGCGGCGGCCGAGGGUCAGACCAAGAAGUCCUUCAACUGCAAGUUCUGCGAGAAGAUCUACGUCAGCCUCGGCGCCCUCAAGAUGCACAUACGGACCCACACUCUGCCCUGCAAGUGUCAUCUGUGCGGCAAGGCCUUCUCCAGGCCGUGGCUACUCCAGGGUCACAUCAGGACUCACACGGGCGAGAAACCCUUCCGGUGCCAGCACUGCGGACGCGCUUUCGCCGACCGAAGCAACCUCAGGGCCCACCUGCAGACUCACAGCGACAUCAAGAAGUACUCGUGCUCCUCCUGCGGCAGGACGUUCAGCAGGAUGUCCCUCCUCACCAAGCAUCAGGAGGGAGGAUGCUCCGGCGUCACCGUGAACAGCGCCUAGGCCUGCCGACAACGACGUGACGCCGGGGCAUCGUCGGGGAGAGAAGAGACGGCUGACGAUCGGUAUCGUUGACUGAGUAUCGCGGUGUCCCGGUUCGGGGGAUACGCAACAGUGCCUUAAUUUUAAAAUAAUCGCGGGGACCGAUCGACGCAGGGAGAUUCGAAAAACAAGGAAGAAUACAUAUAUGUUAGGCUGACAAAACAAACCUCGCACGGAAGACUGCAAGCUCUUGGAGUACAAACGAAUAUGAAAAGAUGAAAAAUUAUUAUAUCGUAUAUACAUAUUGACGAGAAGGAGAAAAAUGUAUAAAGAAAUAUGAAAAUUCAAAGGUUUAUACCGAAUAUACAUAUAUAUAUAUAUAUAUAUAUAGAUACACACACGUGUUUUCGGUUGUACUCCAAGAGCUUGCAGUCUUCCGUGCGAGGUUUGUUUUCUCAACCUAAUAUAUUUAUUCUUCUUCCUUGUUUUUUUCAAUCAUUUUCGAUUCUCUUCAAAUCUCCCUG